AUGAGGCGCCUCCCGCUUGUCGCAGCAUACCGAUUCUCUACGGGCUUGGGCAGCAGGUCUGCAGAUAAUCCCAAAAUUAUGAUUGAGCAGCAAGAUGGGUUCGGCUUCGCACGCCACAACCCGAGGCCGCCGAAGCCUAGAAAGAUUGGCGUGACCGAGAUCCGCGGCCCGUAUUACUCGGCCAUCGGCAAGCGCUACUUGCAAGACGUCUUUGAUACAAUGGGAUACCAAGUCGAUGGCGUUAAGUUCGCCGGCGGGUCGUUUUCCCUCUUCCCCGAGGACAAGCUGCGGGAGCUGAUCCAGCUUGCCCACGAGAACAAUGCAUACGUAUCGACGGGCGGCUGGAUGGAACACAUCCUUACACAGUCGGAUCCAAAGACGGCCGUCGAUCGCUACGUGAAGAAGUGCAAGGACGUCGGCUUCGAUGUCAUCGAGAUAUCGUCUGGGUUCCUUUCUUUGCCGCAGGACGACUGGCUCCGGCUCGUUGACAAGGUGCAUGACGAGGGCAUGAUUGCCAAACCCGAGAUCGGUAUCCAGUUCGGCGCCGGCGGCGACACCUCGUCCGCGGAGCUCGAGUCCCUCGGCACGUCUGACCCGUCCAAGAUCGUCAAGGCCGGCAAGCAAUUCAUCGACGCGGGCGUCGAGCGCAUCAUGAUUGAGAGCGAGGGCAUCACCGAGAACGUUACCAAGUGGCGGACCGACGUCAUCGAGUACAUCCUGCGGGAGCUCCCGUCCGAAAAGGUCAUGUUUGAGGCCGCGGACCCGGCAGUCUUCAACUGGUACAUUCGCGAGUUUGGGGUCGACGUGAAUUUGUUCGUGGAUCACUCCCAGAUCGUGCAGCUGAGCUGCCUGCGGGCGGGAAUCUGGGGCAUGGCAGACACAUUUGGCAAAAUUACCACGUUUCGCUAA